AUGGGUUUCUAUGUAGCUGUAGGUGGUGAUUUGGGAAUGGGUUGGGUUGUCUGUUACAUUUCUUGCAGGUUUGAUGUGGUUCAUGGUGGUCAGAGGCUGAAUUGCAUGGGUUAUUUCAAAAAUUUCAGAUUGAAAUGUUUUCAGAGAGAGAAGGUGGAGAACAUUUCACGGAGCACCGAACCUUCGAACCUUCGAGCCAGCCACCACAACUCUCGCCGGAUAUCCGCCGCCCGUAGACGUUGUCGUUGCCGUUUUCGCUCCAUCCAGUGUCAUCGGUGUCCGUCGUCUUCCACCCAGCCAGGCAGUUCGGAUUGCGGGUCGCCGCAGCUCCGGCGUCGGCAGACGAAUCGAAGACGGCAUCGUCUUCCCUCCGGCCUAGCCAACCAAGGGCGCAUUUUGAGUAUCGAUUCCUCCCACCCGCUUCCUUCCCUGUGCCGGACCCUUGCGGUGGCCGCCGGAGUGUCGUCGAAGUGUCGCCAGACCCUUUCAAGGAGACUAGAAAUGAACAAAUUAUCUGAGGAUGUGUCUUCGUUUGUAAAUUGCCUUAGUCUUUCUUUGAUUUUCAUUGGAAACCCUGGUCUAUGUGGCUAUUGGCUGGAUUCAUCUUGUCAAGGGUCUCACCCUACCGAGCGAGGCGAGAGAAGGUCAAACGCAAGAGAGUACAAGCAACAAAAGAAUCUGGUAGCAAACCGCAAGAUGCUAUUAAGCAGAACCAACAAUAGCCAGAUAUGACUGAACUCGCCAAGGGUAUCCCAAGUAAUUGGCAGCAUUCCCAAUUGAAUCCAUCAGACGUCCUUCAUCUGAAACAAACUGAGCUCAAUGCAUUUCUAGAAGGCUUGUAUCCAACGCCAACAAACCGAAUAAACACUUCGUCCAUACCGGUCAUUCCACCGAACCCCAUUGAAGACAACAAAAUAGAGGACAUACUAAGGAAGCUUGUUAAUUCCUCAUGCCAACGUUAUCUUUCUCAACAUUGUAACUCAUCCAUUGCUCCAAGUUAAGGUGCAAAGAAAGACUAAUGUCUAAAGACAAACUUCCUAUAUCAAUGGAAAUUUUCUUUAUUUAGUA